AAGUUCUCUGACGAUGAAGGUAGAUUUGAGGAAGGUCUUGAUACAGGUGGUCCAAAAAGAGAAUUUCUCUCCCUUUUAAUGAAAACCCUUAACAAACGACCCAUAUUUGAUGGUCCUGAAGACAGACGAUAUCUUGUCUACAACUCCACAGCAAUCAGAGAGGAUGAAUACAGUUUGGCAGGAAAGAUGAUUGCCACAUCCAUUGUACACGGCGGACCAGGUCCUAAUUUUCUCUCAAAAGACCUGGUCAACCACAUCUCAGGGCAGUCCGGUUUCAAUCCAUCUAUUGGAGACAUCACAGAUGAAGAAAUAGGGAAAGUGCUGCAGCAGAUUGAAGAUGCUUCCACGUUGGAAAUCCUGCAAGACCUGAUUGUCCAGCAUAGCACCAUGUUGCAGACUGCAGGAUGUUUGAAACGUGUUGUCUCAGUGGAGGAAAAACACACUGUCGUGAAUGAGUACCUUAAGUGGUACAUAAUUGACAGGAACUGCACAGCAAUUCAAAGGUUUAAAGAUGGACUUGAAAGCUUGCAUUUUCUGGCAGCACUCCAACAGCACCCUGAGGUCCUGGCCCCUGUUCUCUGCCAUUCAAAUGUCCGGUUAUCUGCUAUGGACAUGGAAGAGCUUUUUGAACCCCAGCUCAGUCCUCUCGGCAGCAACAUGCGCAUUCUGGAGAACACAGCAAGAAGUUUCUGGGCAGACUACCUUUUGGACUGUGAAGAAGAUGACAGCUCUGUGACCCUGGAGGAAAUCUUAAUGUUUGCCACAGGUGUGCCAUGCAUCCCUCCUGCUGGCAUGGAUCCUAAGCCACACCUUGAAUUUAUUGGCAGUUCAAUGUUCCCCAUGGCGAAUACAUGUGCCAACACUUUGAAGCUGCCUCUCUUGAAUGACUAUGACACGUUUAAAACAAACAUGAACUUUGGGAUUAAGAAUUCCCCUGGAUUUGGAUGUUUUUAAACAGUCUGAAAAAGUCUAAAAAAAUUGCAAAGCAAACGAAAGAAGAAAGACAAGAGUGGUUUUGUUCAGGAAGGGGAAAUUUAUUUUGCUUUUUCAAAGAUUUUAGGUAUUAAACAAGUGUUUUUUGUUCUGUAUUUUAUAUUCCUAUUUAAAAAUGUUCCAGUGUUUCUGUGUGCCAAUGGGUAAUAGAUGAAAAUAAAAUGUUUUGACCGUC